AUUGACAGUCUAUUUGUAUCCGACUAGGUCCUUGUGCAGAUAUCAUCGCAUUAGUUUGAUUAACAGGCGGGUUGUUGUCAGAUGAAUACGGUGUUUGUUGUGUAUGAAUAACGAGUUAGAUGCUGUGAGCCGUCACGCCUUUCAUAUAUCCCUCCGCUGUUUUUUGUCCCCUUUCAGACUGUUUUGGUCUUUUCGCUGUUAGCAACGGAAAGAACCCGAGAUAGCGCCAAACCCAAUUUUGGGAUAAUCUAAUCAUUUAGUUAGGCUCACACAACAAUUUGACAAGAGGCGUAACCCUUAUGUUGAAUUCGGAAGAGUCAUCGGAGGGUGUUGUCUUUUUUAAAUGUCAUUUUUUUCUGUUUUAAUAGCAAUUGUACACAUUGCUUAGCUAGCAACUUGCUAGCCAGCUAGCUGCUUUAGCCUAGCAUCCAGCUCAAGAGGCACGUUGACAUUAGCUCGCUGGCCGGCCACAUCUCAGCAGUGCUAGCUUUAGCGAGCUGUCACACAACCGCGCAGCGUCUCGUCUCGUCGCCAGGACAUUGCGGUGUGAAAGUGGUCUUUUUAAGACGCUGUCUUUUAUGGGAUCACAAUGUCAAUGAAGGCCGGUGGAAAUCGCAGCAAGCCUGGAGGUGGCAGCGCAGCUGGUGCCGCCGCCUCCGGUGCCGGAGGAAGCGGCGGGGGAAGACAGAAUCUGGGCAGGGGAAGACACAGUGGUAAAGGUCCUGCAGCCGUCAUUUUCAAUGGCAUAUAUGCAAACAUGAGGAUGGUCCAUGUGUUGACUUCAGUGGUGGGGACCAAGUGUGAACUGAAAGUGAAAAACGGGGCAGUCUAUGAAGGCGUAUUUAAGACAUAUGGUCCAGAGUGUGACCUCGUGCUGGAUGCAGCCCACCGAAAGAGCCCAGAGCCGAGCACCGGUCCCAGGAAAGAAGAUAUUGUAGAAAGCAUCAUCUUCAAGGCCUCCGACGUCUUGGUGGUGACCUUCAAAGACGUGGACCUGAAUUUUGCCCGAAAAGACAACUUCACAGAUGCAGCGGUGAGCGGCAGGAUCAAUGGCGAGCACAAAGAAAAAGAUUUAGAGCCGUGGGACGGAGGAGAGACCCACAACUCCGACAGCCUGGAGUCUCUGGAUACAGAUGUGUCAAACGGGUGGGAUCCCAACGACAUGUUCAAGUACAACGAGGAGAAGUAUGGAGUCUUGUCUACAUACGACAGCAGCCUGUCCACGUAUACGGUUCCUUUAGAGCGGGACAACUCUGAGGAGUUUCUGAAGAGGGAGGCGCGCGCCGCCCAGCUGGCGGAAGAGAUCGAGGCGAGCGCCACGUACAAGGCCCGCGUGGCCCUGGAGAACGACGAGCGCACCGAGGAGGAGAAGUACACGGCCGUGGUGCGAGGGGAGAGGGAGACGCACACACUUAGCAGAGAGAACAAAUACAUUCCUCCAGGCCAGAGGAACAGGGACGCCAUGUCUUGGGGUCCAGGGAGGCAGAACUCUCCUCGUCUGGGUCAGAGCUCUGGCGGUCCUUCCACUCCCCGUCCAGGACCUCAUGACUACAGCCCCAGCUCCGGGGCCGACCAGCGGGUAGUCAAUGGAGGUUCAUCCCAUUGGCCCUCACCCUGUCCGUCUCCCUCCUCCCGCCCCCCCUCUCGUUACCAGUCCGGCCCCUCCUCCCUGCCGCCCCGGGCGACCACGCCCACCAGGCCGCCCUCCAGACCCCCCUCUCGACCCUCCAGGCCCUCCUCUCACUCGUCCCACCCCUCUUAUACCUCUCCUCCAUCCUCCUUUCCCCACCACGGGCCCACGCCGCCGGCCGCCACUCUGCCCAAACGCAUGUCUUCUGAAGGUCCACCCAGGAUGUCCCCGAAGUCCCAGCGGACCCCUCGCGCUCACAGAGCGCCGCCCUGCCGGACGAGUGGCGUCCCCCCGGGCGUGGACCUCAUUUCCCACAAUGCCCCUGGAGACCUCCCGGUGAACCCACCGACCAGGAGCAGCUCCUCCGGAGGGACGUGGUCCUCAGUGGUCAGUGGAGCUCACAGACCCCGCUCGCCCCGGCAGAACAGCGUGGGCGGAGCCUCCCCCGGCUCCUCCUCCGUCCCGUCGCCCCAGACUCCCGUGGAAAGCGUUGCCACGCCGACAUCAGCUUCCUCCCCGACUGCUGCUAGUCCCACCCCGAACAUGGUCGUCACUCCAUCGGGAGAAGCUAAAGAGUGUCGUGUCCAGGAGACGAGACAAACAUCCCCCUCUGCAAACAAAGAGAACAUCAAGCCUGUGGAUAACUCGCCUAGCAUUUCUAGACCAGUCUGUAAAGGACCUUCUUCUAUGGCACCAGACCACAGAAAACAAAUAGAUAAUUUAAAGAAGUUUAGUGUAGAUUUUAGAUUGCAGUCUAGUUCAAAUCCAGACCCUGCCUUCGACCAGAUGACGACCAAGCCCGCCAGAGACCCAGCAGAGAAACCUAAAGACCUCCCCCUGGACAAAGCGUCCAUAGUGGGGCGGGAGGGCGCCGACGACGGCGUGGUGCUCGCCGCCGGCGCCCCCGGCGGCGCCGCCACUCCCUCCACCGCGGCCACGAACACCAGUAAGCCCGGCAGCCCCGCCGCGCUGUCCCCGUCCCCCUCGGCGGCCCCGGACCAGAAGAGGGCGGGCCUGGACGUGACGUCGCAGGGCGUCCAGACGACGGCCACGUCCACGUUCGGCGGGGCCAAGCACGAGGAGAAGGAGGAGAAGAAGGAGGCCGUGCAAGAUCAAGUAAGAAAAUCGACCCUGAACCCAAACGCCAACGAGUUCAAACCCAGGUUUAACACGCAGCCGAAGCCAGCCAACACCCCGACCCCCCCGCGGCCCCAGGGCCAGCCCAGCCCCUCCAUCGUGGUGCAGCAGCCUCAGCCCGUCUACAGCCAGACGGUCUGCUUCCCCCAGAUGUACCCGCUCACGCCCGUCAGCCCCGGAGUGCAGUCUCCUGCUAUGUACCAGGUUCCGAUGCCACACAUGACGGUCAGCCAGUCCAAACCCUACAGACCAGUACCCAACAUGCCCCAGCAGAGGUCAGACCAGCACCACCCGCCAGGCACGCCCACCAUGAUGCACCCGGCCACGGCGGCGGGGCCCCCGAUCGUAGCACCCAGCCCCGCCUACUCAGCGCAGUACUUCCCCUGCAGCCCCCAGCAGUUCACCAGUCAGCCGCUCGUCCAGCAGAUGCCACACUACCAGUCGCAGGCGCAGCAUGUCUUCAGCCCCGUGAUGCAGGGCAGCGCCAGGAUGAUGGCGCCGCCGACGCACGGCCAGCCCAGCCUGGUCUCCUCCUCCACCACGCAGUACCCGGAGCAGACACACACCAUGUAUGUGUCUCCGGGGCCGAUGCCUCAGCAGUAUCCCCACCCCAGUGCCACCCUGCACCCCCACCCCCAGCACCCCCAGCCGUCCGCCACGCCGACGGGCCAGGGCCAGCAGGGCGGCCCCCCGCAGCACGGCGGGCCCCCGAGCCACCCGGCCGCCAGCCCGGUGCAGCACCCGCAGCACCAGCAGGCAGCAGCAGCGGCGGCGGCGGCCCAGGCCCUCCAUCUGGCCAACCAGCCUCCUCAGCAGCAGAUGUACUCGGCCUUGGCCCCCACGCCGCCCUCCAUGACCCCCGGGCCGAACCCGCAGUCCCCCCAGGCGUCGUUCCCCUCCGCCCAGCAGACCGUCUACAUCCACCCGCAGCAAGUGCAGCACGGCUACAACCCCAACCACAUGGCGCACGUGCAGCAGGCCCAUAUGCAGUCCGGCAUCGUGCAGUCCCACCACCCGGCGCCGACCCACCCUCCCAUGAUGCUCAUGGCCACGCAGGGUCCUCCGGGCGGUCCGCAGCCGCCCAUGCCCCAGACCGCCCUCAACCCCAUCCCCGUCUCCUCCACCACACACUUCUCCUACCUGGCACAUCCACAAGUGCAACCUCACCAUCAACAGCAGCUGUAGAUAGAGGGCGCCAGCGAGCCGAGGGACGGCGCUCCUCCAGCCAGAGCCCUCACAACCAGGCCAUGAAGAGAACCAGAGCCCCCCCCCCCACCCCCCCACCCCCCACCCCCACCUCCCCUUUUCCUCACCCCACCCCCCCCACACCCACCCCCCCACACCAGAUAUGCUUCACAUCGGCUUUUUCUUUUCGUUUUCUUUUUGUUUUUGUUUGUUUAUUUAACCCUUUCCCCUCCCUCCCUCCCUCCCCCCCCCCCUCCCCAGAUUAGGCAAUAAGAGAAUGUUAACAGGUUGAUGCAGUGACAUGUUUUAACGAGCUAUAGUGAGUUUUAACAAGCAAGACUGCUCCGAGAAAGGCCCUUGUACACACACACACACACACACACACACACACUCUUCCUAGGGUCCCAAAUUGCAACUUACGUCAGCUUGCCAAGUAAGCAGCGAAAGAGAGGAACGAAUCAGUGAGCGUGACGGCGAAGGAAAUUGAACUGGAACUCGUAUUUUGUCUGCACCUUGUUAAUGAAAAGAAAGAAUCUUCCUACUUUUAAAAACAGUAUUAAUCUUACUGUUUAUUGUUGCUGCUAUGUUCUGCGUUUGUUUCCAGACUACAUGACAAGUUUCUAACCAAACUAAAAAUGGAAAAAAAAAAAAACAAACAAAAAAAAUAAAGGAAACACGACAAGAAACUUCCUGUGAAAUAAAAGUGGUUUCAGCAGCCGAGAGGAGACCGGAGAAGCGUUAUUUAUGAAAA